GUGAUGGCAAAAUGGAAGGAAGAAUUCAAGAGGCAUUCUCGCGUUAAAUGCCCUCGCUCUGGUUGCUGGCUGGAAUUUCCUAGUAUUUAUGGAUUGAAGUACCAUUACCAGCGUUGUCAGAGCGGUGUUGUUUCAAAGAAGUGUAGUCACCAGUGUCUUCUAUGUGAAGCUUCUUUUACAUCUAAGUCCCAACUGGAAAAGCAUAAGCAAUGGACACAUGAAGAAAAAAGAACACAAGCAACAGAGGUGGAUGAGAAAGUUACAAAAUCAAUUGGUCGAGGUAGAGGUAGAAAAAGGGCUGCUGAAAAUGCAGAAACUUCACCUAAAAAGUCUAAGCAACAGAAGAGAGAAUUAAGUAGACAUUCUGAAAAUGGGGAAUGUGCAACACAGAACAGAGAAAACAAAUUACCAAACACUCCAGAAGCUCAAGAAACUCUGACGUCUAAUGAAUUGAGCAAAGGCAAGAAACAGAUAUCAUUCCCUGAGGAGGAUCCUGAGAGAACAAAACACAGAAGGAAACAGAAGACGCCUAAGAAAUUUACAGGGGAGCAACCAUCUAUCUCAGGAACCUUUGGAUUAAAAGAUGACAAAGGAAGGGGUAAAGGCAAGAAGAAAAAUAACAGCACAUGCAAUGAAGAAUUGCAAAGGAAACCUUUGGGAGUUCAUAUUAAAAAAGAAGCUGUCACAUAUUUACCAGGAAGCCAGGAAGAAAAGUGGCAGCAGGAGAUUUCAGAUAGAGGAGAAGUUAUCUGUCCAAACUGUAUGACUGUACACAGGAAAACUGUAGCAGGCUUGAAGAAACACCUAGAAAUCUGCAAAGAGCUGCAGAAUGCUUUGAAGUGUCAACAUUGUGCUAAGCAGUUUAAAUCUAAAGCUGGGCUAAAGUAUCAUACUAUGGCAGAGCACAACAAUAAGCCUUUGGUGAAUGCAGAGAAGCUGCUGGAUGAACAGCAGGAGCGUGAAAGACUGCGAAGAGUACUUAAACAAAUGGGAAAAUUGAAGUGUCCUAAUGAGGGUUGCACAGCUACAUUUGCCAGCCUAAUGGGCUACCAGUAUCAUUUAAAAAGAUGUGGGAAAGAGCCUGCAGAUAUUGAGAAAGCUGUUUUCAUUUGUGAGCAUUGUGAAAAGGAGUAUAAAUCAAAGGCUGGUCAUGACUAUCAUGUAAAAUCUGAACACUCAGCGGCAACUGAAGAUUCUGAUCAGAAAUCAGCUGAGGAAGACUUUGAGAAUUUGUUUGAGAAAACUCCGAGUGGCCGCAUCCGUCGAAGAUCUGCACAAGUAGCUGUUUUCCAUCUCCAGGAAAUUGCAGAGGAUGAGCUUUCAAAACUUUGGACCAAAAGAAGAAAUAAAGAUGAUUUAGUCCCCGAUAUUAAGAGGCUUAAAUACACUCGUCCGGGGCUACCAUCAUUCAACCCCAAACAGCUUGAAAGCUGGAAAAAUGAAGUCAAAGAAAAUGGUCAGAUUUGCUGUCCUAACAAUCGUUGUGAAGCAAUCUACUCAAGUUUUUCUGGAUUGAAAGCACAUCUAGCAACAUGUACUAAGGGUGAGCAUCUCGUUGGGAAAUACAGGUGUUUGAUUUGUCAGAAGGAAUUUAGCUCGGAAAGUGGAGUUAAGUACCACAUCAACAACUCUCACUCUGAGAACUGGUUUAGGGCCUCUGCAGAAAUACCUGCAAGGAACAAAAGGGAGCUGAAGGUUACAAAAUCAGAGAGGAAGAAAAGCACAACCGGGAAGAAGAGAGGAAGAAAACCCAAAGAAAGAACUUCAGAGCUUUCUAUAAAAGGCAAUGAGAUGGCGGGAGCAAAGACUGCUGAUCAAAUAACGUCACAAUGUCCUGCAACUUUAAAGAGCAAUAGGAAAAUGAAAAAGAAAAAUAUAUUACCAAGCAGCAAAAAAGGAGGUUCAGUCUAGAUGCUUCAAGCUGCAAAAUGUAAGCCAAUAUAAAGGUAAAGCAGCUGUAUUCUGGAGGAGUGUUGCAUCAGCCUUUGGGCAUCAUAAGUGGAAAAUGAUGGGUUAAGUUAAGAUAAUACUACCUAACACUGGCUCUAAAGUUUGUUAUAUUGCCUAAUGUUAUGGGUCCAAAAACAGACCCAAGAAUAAAGCUGUUUAUGUGGUAGAUAAAAGCCAAUCCUUGUAACUGAGUUGAAACUGAAAACAUGCUAGACACAAUCAUUUAGCACAAAGGAUUAUAUGGCUAUUUAAUAUUGCUUUGUUACUAUAUACUGCUCUAUUCAACUUUACUGUUUAUGUUUUUUAUAAAGUGGAUGAUUAUGGGUAUGAGGUGUCAAAAACAAUUGCUACGCUUUUUAACCAGAAUAAAAAAUUAUUGGUAGUAAGUUUGUAGUAUUGGAUUGCACAUUGAUUAAUCAAAUUGGUUAUUUAUUUAUAUUGUUCAAAUUCCUUUGUUAUUUAAUAGACAAAUCUAAUAAACAAAAUUGCAAUCCAUAUCUGUUAGUUUAUAUUUAUAAUUAUUUAUCAAUAUAAACUAAUGUUUAUAUAUAGAGUCUAGGCUAUGUAUAUAUUUCCAAAAUAACUAUUUCAAUCCAUAUAUUAUAUAGAUAUAUAUAUAUAUAUAUAAAUAUAUAAAAUGAUUUGGUGCUUAAGACUGCAGGGGUAAUUUUAUAGGUCUGCGCUGCCGAUACAUGAUGUUUCUACCAAUAAUUGUGGGUAGCACACAUCCAAAUUUUCUUGAUGGCGAUGUGGACUUGUGAUAUGAUCCUUUGUACGUGGCUAACGUAAGUUUCUCCAUAUUCCUUUCUUCAGUGCAUUGUAACAUUUGCAGAACGUUUCAACUCAUAAAUGCAAAUUUUUCCAAUAAUUUGCUGCCCAUUUUUGGGAAUCUUGGGCAGGUGGGAAUGGGGAAAUGUGGAAGGGAGCCAGUCUGAGACACAAAAGUUGACUCGCCUCAGAAUUUGGACAAAUAUAAAAAUAUAAAGGUUAAUGAUCGAAACACAUGAUCUGACACUUUUGCUCAUUAGGUCAAUGCAUUGCAGAACAGUGAAGUUAACAAUGCAAUGCGGGAAAUUUAAAAAUAAGUAGGGAGGAAAAGUUUAUUUCAGCCACUCACCACUGGCUAAACUGCUUGCAUUGUUUCUUCUUCUCCCGUAUUCAUCCUCAAAAGUGCAAUCGAGACAUUGUUGGAAGACCACCACAAACAUGUCAAUGGAUCUGAAUCUGGCAGAUCCACCAGGGUCAAAGCACAGGAAUUUGGAUACCUGCAUUGGCUGCAGAGCGGAAUAUCUAGUCUGUGGUCUAAACUCUGAAUUGGCUUUGAACUAUUUUUACUGAAAUAAAAACAGAAAAUACUGAUGAAAUUCAACACGCCUGACAGCAUCUGUGGAAAGUACAACAGAGUUACCAUUUCAAGUUCAAUACGACUGUUCUUUGGAACUCAGAUCUCCAGGAUCUGCAGUACUUUGCUUUUAUUAGUACUGCUUGGUUUAGGUCUACUUGAAGCAAAAAUUAGAUAUGAGAAAUAAGUGUUAUGUUUCUUGUGUGUAAUCUUGAUGACUGCUAUCGUUGUAAAUUUCCUCUGGAUGACUGGAUUACUCCAUUUGCCACAAUACUACAGUGAAAUCAUAUGUUUAUCUCAUGAAUUGGAAUGGAAAGCCUUGGCGAAGACAAAUGCAAAUUUAUUGCCAGAGUCAAUAGGCCACUUGGAGCACCAGGUAAAUUGGUCCUUUAUAGGCCAGGCAACACAGUCCUAUUUUUAUUACAUUUCAUCUUUAUUGGUUUUCUUUAUUUGAAUUUUGUUGGCAAAGAAAUUUGCAAAAACAUUUGCUGAUGCUGUUGUUUCCUUGUUGAUUUAAUUCUAAAUCGUAAAGCUGUUUAAGAUACAUGCAAAAUAAGGGAGCAUAGAUGAUAAUUUUAUGACCUGGGGUUUUCUUUGCAUUUGUCCCGUGAUUUGAGCACAAUGAAAUUAUGGGACUUAAAGGAUUGUAGAAUUUUGUGCCUAAUUGAGUUCCCCUCAAAACUACAAUCCGCUUAUGAAUACCUGUUCUUUCAAGUCAUCCAUCAAACUUCUAAAAUCUGCGUAUCCUGUACUUGCAAUUGGCCGGGAGUAAUGGACACAAGGGUUAAUGUGCAUCUAUCAACAUUGUGGCCAGAGUUUCAGGUGAAACAAAAAAAGUCAAUUUUCCAAUUUUUUUUUAAUUACAAGAUCUGCUUUCUGUUUCUUCCAAUGCAUUUUUCGUGGCAUAGGCCACAUUAAAAAAUGUAAAUCUUCCCAUUGCAGGCACAUGUGCCUGAUGUGCAUAAAUCAUGUUUAUUAAGUUGAAUGUUAAAUUUUAAGAUGCAUAAAAGACAUAUGCUGUUUGGCCUGCUGUGUUCAUCCAGCUCUACACCUUGUUAUCUCAGAUUCUCCAGCAUCUGCAGUUCCUACUAUCUCUGCUGGUGUGGGUCUGUGUUUUUUCCAUGAGACCUUUUAUGUUAAUGCUGAUUCAUACUCAUUUACACCAAUUUUAAGUUUCAGUGUCCUCUAACGAAAUUGGGAAGAUUUCUAACUUGACAUCAGCAAAAUAGAUGUAACUUCAGGCAUUGUUUUUGGUUGCAACUCGCUGUGUGUGCCCAAGAAGGAAACUAUAGGCCUAUAUGUGACCCCCAAUUUUUCAUGCUACUAGUCUAAGCAGCUUGUAAAGACUAAAUGCUAUUGGUCAUUUUAGUGUUGAAAACAGCUGGGGAAGACGCAUGUUGAGUUGGAACUUCUACAUGCACUGAAAAUAGGAAUAAGGCACGCUCUCAGUGCAUAUGUAAAACUAAAUUACUGUUUGAAAAGAAUAAAGAAAUUUCAAGAUCAUAAUUAAAGAAAUUACACAAUAUUGUCACUGUUUUAAGAAAAUAUACUUAAUGUAGUUUAGCAGCAUGAGAAAACAUUUGGCUUUCCAAUUCACUUGCUACUUCAUUAGAACAAAGUUUCUGAACCACACAACAUCUUGACUUGUGUUAGGUGGUAAUUCUUUGGACAUCUUCAUGUUUUGAACUCCUCAUAACUUGUUGAUUCAUUAAUUGAAUUGUUUGUACUAUUAUGUGAUUGAUUAAGCAUUUUAGAAAAAAACUAUUUUACAAUUGAAAUUAUAAACAGCAGCACCUUCAAGUACAACCUUACAUUUGUAACAACGUUGUAUUGAGAACUGGUCAGUAAUUGGAACUAAUCAGUGAAAGUGUCAAUUUAGAAUGAUAAAUGUGGUUUUAUAUAUGGUGUAAAGCUGGAAUAUGAAUGUAUAUAAUAGGUUUGGGUCAUAAACAUCCCAGUCCAAAAUGGGUACAUAGCAUAUGCACUUUAAACUACAUUCUUCUGAUUAGAUUUAUUGAUGGAUAAAAAUGCAUACUGCUGCCAAAUCAAUAGGUUUCCACCUGUAUCUACUGUACACUUACUAACAUUCUAAGUAAUUUGCCAAGAAUUUACAUAAAAACGUCUGUUUGCUAAAGAUGUUAUCCUGCGUAAUUGUGGCCUGAGAGGCUUCAGUGUAAAAUUAAAUUGAAAUCUCACCUACAAGUUUCAAUUAAUGCACUUUCUAUGAAUUAAGGUAUUAACCAUGUUUGAUUUGAAAAUAAGAUUGAAAUAAGGUGAGAAACUAGUGCAGUGCACUGGUCUCCAAAGAUUGAAAGCUGGAAUUGCUCCUGUGAAUUUUCACAUGUUGAAUUCCUAAACUCAACAAUGCAAUCGGAUUGAGUGAAAUUCAGAUCUUUCCUUGUUAGGGGAAGGUGAAAAGCCGAGGAUUAUUUUCAUCACAAGGAAAAAUCAGCAGAUUCUCAAAAGUGAUUUGCUCAGAAAAAAGAAUCUGCCAGUUUACUUAUGGAAAGACACCUACAACUUACUUCUCUGUAGAAUUGCCAUCAUUCAGGGUUUACAAAUUUUUGCAGCACUGAAGUGUAAGGCAAUGCUUUAACAUUGAAAUUAUUUUUGUUAAAAAAAACCUAAAUACAUAAACUGAAAAUUUAUUAUACUAUGGGUACUUGUGAUUAUAUUAUUUUUAGUGUAUUAGCUUUUUUUAAAAACACAGCAUUCAGAACCCAGCAAACUAAUACUUGCUGAGUAACGAUAAAUUCAGUGCUCAAACAAGAAGAAAAGGGAACUUUAGGAAAGGGGUUUAGCUUCAUCACAUUAGCUGUCUUAUUCAUCUGAAUUUUUUUUCAGCAGAUUCGGCCAAGAGUCAUAUUAAAAGAAGCAUCUGAAGUGCAGAGAAAAAAAAACAAAUUUAAAUGUCUUAGUGAUAGGAAUAGAGAAUCUUUAAGAAAAUUUAUACUGUCCUUUCAUUCAAACUAUAUUUACUAACUCCUGCAAUCUACCAUCAGCCAUUAGUAAUGGGUGUAAUUGUGAUAUCUCAAAUUAAUCCUCUUGGCAUUUGCAAGCUUCUUAGGUUCUGGGUCUGGCUGAGUGGAUCCAGAAAUUUUUUUUUUAAUUUUGUUGUAAUGCGCCUGUCUCAUUUUGCUUUAUCUCCACUAUAUCAAUUUAGGAUAUGUACUUUAAAGUCUUUAGUACUUGCCAUUCUGACUUACUAUAAAGUGGAUAAGAGGGCUAGCAAUGUUGCUUUUCUCUUAUUUUAAAUCCCUCUCAGAAUGGAAGUACCAGAAUUCUGUCCAAUAACCUUUAGCAAUAAAAUAGCUGAAUUAAGAAAGUUUAAGUAUAUUUAACUCUGACAUGAGAUUAUUGGCUGUUUCCCUAGGAGUUAAAUUAAUCUUUUCUGACUGUCCGCCAUUUCUCUCUCUUUCCUUUUUGAUUUUAUGUCUUUCCUCUCUUUAUUUAACUAUCUUAAUCUUCCUUUUUAUCUGUUUCCCAUUAUUUUCUCUACAGCAGUGAGCAGGAAGAAGCAGCAACAUGGAACUCAAUGAGUUAAAGGUAGUGGCAUCAAAAUUUAGGUGUGCAAAUUAAAGGCUAUGACUUCUUCGGUUCGAUGUUAAAGGAUGUUGAAAUAUCUGCUGUGUUUUGCUGAUUGUCUUAGAGAUUGGAUGGACUUAUUGAUCCUGCUGAAGAAAGUUGCUGAGAGAAUGAGUGAACAAGCAAAUAGAUUGGGAGAGAUUGAAGAGGAAGUUAGAUAAGUACAUGAGGAAGAAGGGAAUGGAGAGCUGCAAUGGUCUGUUUAACUGCUGAAAGAUGAGUAGAGGCUCAAGUGAAGCUUAUUAACAGUAUAGAUUGAGUGGGCUAAAUGGCUCACAUUGCAAAAGGUUUUAUGUGAGCCUUUUUCAAGGUUGUUUUUCAAAGUAAGCUGCUUCUCAGGAUCUUUCCUUUUUGUUCCCAGCAAGGAACCACAAUUUUUUUUUUAUUCAUUGAUGGGAUGAGGAUACUGUUGGCAUUCACUGCCCAUCCCUAAUUUCCCAGAGGACCACAAAGAGUCAAUAUAUUGCAGUUGGUCUGAAGUAACAUUUAGGUGAGACCAGGUAAGGGUGAAAGAUUUCCUUCCCUACAAAGCGUUGGUGAACCAGAUGGGUUUUUAAACCAGACUUUUAUUGAAUUCAAAUUUCACCAUCUGUCAUGAGCCACCAGAACAUGGCCUGGAUUCUGGAUUAUUAGUACAAAGUAACAUUGACAUAAUCCCACUGCUCUCCCUGCUCCCCACGUGAAUAAACUUGAGCACUAUGGAUGAAAGGCAUUCGGCUGAAGAAGAACGCUUUGCACAAUAAGAUAGAUAGCACUCUCUGAUUGGUCCGGUGUUAAGUGGGUUGACCUUUGCCUGUUGCUUUAUGCAGAGCUUCUCUUCCUCUUUACUUUGACCUGCAGGAUAUUGCAUUACCAAGGCAACACCCCUUUGGAGCAGAUAGAGGGGAAAGGCAAUUGUUAAGACUCCCAUUGAGACACCAGGGAGCCUGAUCCAUCACAGCAUCUUCAAAAAAUUGUUUAUUUUCUUCAAACUUGCCAUGGAAAAAUCUCAGAUAUCUCUCCCUCAAACCUUCUUUCUCUGCACACAGCAAAGGACCAACCUGAUCACCUGGAAAGGAUCAGUUUGCUUUGAGAGUGUUUGUCAUGGAUUCAGAUUUUGUUUGUGUUUUUUCGUACUCCACUACUCUGUUGACUCACUUCCUCUACCCAUCAUGUUCAAAUUCAGACCACACUCUGCUUCUAGGAUAAUCAGUCAACUACUUGUGAAAAAGGAUGGGAAACAAGCCAUUGAAACAAAAAUAUAUAGAAUAUCACAUUCUCCAGAUGAGUGAUUGCAAGUAGGUAGCAAGCAUUUGAGGUGCAAUUUAUUUUAUAAGCAACAUUCUCAGAAUCUUUUAUUGAACCCUGUUGUAAUACUCCCUUUUCCAAGCAAAAGCGCUAUUCCCACUUCAGUUACAACAUAAAUAUUGUAGAUUCCCAGUACAAAUCUACAGGAGGAGCAGAGGGAUGCUAUUAGGAACAGUGUAGGUGGGUUUGCGAGGGGACAUGCCAGCCUAAUGCCCUUUUGCUGGGGAGACUGCAUCUUUAUCUGUCUGAUUACUUGCUUGAUUGUUUUUACACAGGUGAAUGCCUUUCGUGAAUUUUGUUCACUUCACUCAAAUUAGCAGCUUGAUGAUCCCGUUCACCUUGACUCACAGGUAGAAUUCUGGUGGCAGGCAACAGGUUAUGUAUUGUUGCUCACCGUCUACAACGGUUGAACCUAUAUAACAUCCCUAGGACAAUUAGUGUAUGUGAAAGGCAUAAAAUUCACAUUAUUGUUAUAAUGCAUAUAAAACUUAGAAAAAACCUGUUAAAGCAUCAGGUUUUAUUACCGUAUCAUCAACUCCCACUUUACUAUCCUAGAGUCAGUCUGAAUGUGUUCACCCAAGAACUGUUCAAACUGAGAUGUGUAUUUUGUAUUGUGAAUUCAUACUCUGAUUGAAACAAAUCACUUAACUCUAGUUUCUGAGUUAAUGAUCUGUUCUACCUGCAUACUUUCAACUGAAAAGAAUGGAUCCUCUCCUACCUAUAGUUUAUAUUACUGCUUAAUGUUAUACAAUGCUAUACAUGCCAUCUAUGUUUUGAAUGAAAUUUUGUAAGACAUGGUAAAUUACUUUUGCCUCCAAAUCUAUAAGUGAUGUAUUGCACACAAUACAUUUAAAUAUGCUGUUCGAAUACGCAAAUAUAUAGGGAAGUCAGAGUUCCACUAUGAGGGCACAGAUCAAAAUCUUAAUGUUUGAAGAAAAGAUGUUUUAUGUUUAAAGAUGCUUUGCCGUCAGUUGAAA